AUGACCACUCCCGAAUCCCGUGUGAUCAUCGUUGGCGGUGGUGUUUUCGGGUUGAGCACCGCCCUUUGGCUGGCCCGUGGUGGCUAUAAGAAUGUCACCAUCUUCGACCGUUGCAGCUUCGACAAGAACCACUACAAUCCUUCAGAUGGAUGUGACGGUGCCUCUGCCGAUAUCAACAAAAUCUUCCGGGCGACCUACGGAGCGCAGGAACAUUCACAAGACCUUGCUCUAGAAGCUAGGGAUAUUUGGCUUGAAUGGAACCGGUCUAUUAAAGAGAGCUGUGUCUCUGAUCUCCCCCAUCCUCUGACUCCGGAAGAUGAACUACUUACCCUCUGUGGUGUUUAUCAUUUGGCUGAUGGUUCCGACAUGAUUGAGCGCUAUGUGGAGAACUUGCGCGUGAUGGAGCACACAGCACCCACCUUCCGUGAACUGCAAUUUAUCAAGGACAACAACGAUGAUUCUAAGCGGGCCAAGGAGCUGGGCCCAGAAUGGGCCAAAAAGUACCACCUCUUUGACAACUUCAAGGACGGUGCUACAAACGGGUUCCUCGAUGCGGGCUCAGGAAUCACACUUGCUGACAAGGCCUGCGUGUACGCGCGAUACUUGUGUGAAAAAGCUGGCGUCAAAUUUAUCCUGGGUCGACCUCAGGGUGAACUUCAGGAGUUGAUCACCGAGAACCAAGGCUCUGGCAAGCGUGUUACAGGCAUAAAGACAUGCGAUGGGUUGAGUCAUUCGGCUGAUCUUGUUGUUGUUGCCUGUGGUCCUUGGACAUCAACUGUUCUCCCAGAAGCACAUCGCUCUGUGGAAGCCACUAUGGGCACGGUCAUGUUUAUCGAUAUACCAAAGAACCGAAAGGAUCUCAGAGAAAAGUUCCAUCCGGACAAUAUUCCUGUGUGGCGAUUCAUCCAGGGCGUCGGUGAUGGCGCAUACGAGGGAGGUGGAUUCCCAAUUACCAGAGAAGGUAGAUUAAAGUUCGGGUUCCGUGCUCGAAAGUUCACCAAUUUCCAAAAACAUCCAACACAAGACAUUCGCAUCUCAACCCCUCGGACAAAAUACAGCCCCGAGCCUAUCAACACCGUACCCCUGUACGGUCUCGAUCUCAUGAAGGAAGUCAUCGGUGGAUUGUUUCCAGAGUUGAGAGAUAUUGGUUUCACUGAUAGCCGGUUAUGUUGGUACACGGAUAGCAUUGACAAUGAGUUCGUGAUUGACUAUGUCCCUGGAUACUCUGACUCACUCUUCAUCUGCACUGGUGGCUCUGGUCAUGGGUUCAAGUUCCUUCCAAUCCUCGGAAAAUACGUCAAAAACCAACUUGAGAAGAUCCCCGAUCGGUUCACGCCAAUUUGGAAGUGGCGCGCUGUUGAGGAAGGCAAAGAUUGCAACGGACUCGAGGAAGGCGAAACCGGUCCUCGUGAGAUGUCGAAACUGAAGCUGGCAAAAUCCCAAGACUUCCAAUUUACCGCGAAGAGUCUGCCCGCACUUUCAAGCAACCUUUCGCAAUUGAAUUUGAGGCCGCAAGAAAAGUCCCACCUAUAG